CGCAUGUGCAGUGGGCACCCUGCUGUCAGCUGGGUCUGCAGUCUCUUGGUCAUCCCCCGUACUGUCUGCAGUCUCUUGGUCAUCCCCCUACUGUGUCCGCAGUCUCUGGUCAUCUCCAGCACUGUGUCCGCAGUCUCUGGUCAUCUCCAGCACUGUGUCCGCAGUCUCUGGUCAUCUCCAGCACUGUGUCCGCAGUCUCUGGUCAUCUCCAGCACUGUGUCCGCAGUCUCUGGUCAUCUCCAGCACUGUGUCCGCAGUCUCUGGUCAUCUCCAGCACUGUGUCCGCAGUCUCUGGUCAUCUCCAGCACUGUGUCCGCAGUCUCUGGUCAUCUCCAGCACUGUGUCGCAGUCUCUGGUCAUCUCCAGCACUGUGUCCGCAGUCUCUGGUCAUCUCCAGCACUGUGUCCGCAGUCUCUGGUCAUCUCCAGCACUGUGUCCGCAGUC